UUUCCAACUAUGGCACAGAAUGGCAUGUAGCCCAAGCCACAAUAUCUAGUCCUUACAGGGCAUUCUCCAAAGAGAAAAUCUCAGCUAACGUAGGGGUGAAGAUAGGACUCAACAGUGUCAAUAUAACACUCCAAGCCACAGCAAUACAUCAUCGAAGCGAAGACAUUAAUUAUAAUGAGAGAUUCCGAUGGGUCGGAGCCACAGAAAUGAAACAGGAGUACAGGCAUGCCCUAGUGAAAGGUCUUCCAUUCCCGUUGCUCACCAUUGCAGAAUAUUUCACUCAGGAACUGGAAGGUUUCUGUUGGGGAAGACGUUACAGGCUAGCGGGUUAUUAUUCUCACAUACUUCUAUGGGCUGCAUUUUCCCUGUGGCUGUUGAUGAACAUCCUCCUCUGUACAGUGCCAAGGUACGGAGCAUACACAAUGCAGCUGACGGGUGCAGUGAUGUUGCUGACGAAUGCCAUUUACACAUACCUUCUGCCUCGGAAACCCUUAGUCAUACCCUUCGAGGGAGGAUCUCUUCAUUUCAAAUUCGGAUGGUGCUUCUGGAUCGUCCUUUCAGCAGGGAUUAUUUCCGUCAUUGUUGGCGGUGCAGUGGCCAUAGUAGACCUCUUGUUUCCAAACAAGUUCACAACUAUUUUAGAAGUUGACUAUGACAUGCCGUACAGGUACUUUGUGUCCCAUCCGGAACCCUUGAAAAAACAACAGUGUUCACAAGCCAACAGCUCUGCGUCUGCACAAACGUCAUCUACUAAUACAUCCCAGAAAGGAUUUGAAAAUAACGCUUACGAAACUGACGAAGAAGACUACAGCACCAUUGUGAAUGGAAAGAGGGCUGUUAGCCUCAGAAAUUUUGGAAAAUUUGCCCAAAAAGAAGGUCUUAAGAAAAAUCCUCUGUCUUCUUUCAUCCAACCCAAGAGGAUACACAGCUUUACCACUGAUGCAUACCGACCAUCUACUUCCAAAGACGUGAACAUCGACAUUUCUGCUGCUGCUAUGUGGUGAAGCUUGUUCUAAUAAGGAAAUAUACGGACGUGCCUAAGCAACGUACUGUAAAACGUUAGUGUAAAUCUGUCAAAGGAUCCAUGGAUCCCAUUAACUCUACAAGUUCCUCGUGCAAGCCAUUUUGUCACUGUAUUCUUGUUGUACCAAUUACGAAAAUGAAUGUAAACGUGCAGGUUACUGAUAAAGAAAUGUUAAAGAAGAAAGCCAUAUGACUUUAUUCGCAAUGUUCCUUAGUCAAUGUUCAUGAUGAAAUGGAUAAAUAUUUUGCAACAGUAAUUUAAUAUUUUAUAUCGGUUUAUAAACUGCAAUCUUCUAUGAACGUCACCAAUAUCUUCACCACGUUUUUCGUAAGUGGAAAAAUAUUUCAAUGGUGUUCUGACUCAGGCAUGGGAAAUUCGUGACAAAUCUUUACAAAAAUAAGAAGCAGGAAAACAUCUGUCCAUUUAUGUGCUGCGUUCUUGCUUUCUUUGUCGUAGUGAAGGCGGAUUGAGGGAUAAUAUGGGAAAUGUAAACUGCAAAUAGUUAACCAAUCCUGACUGAGUUCCUCUUAUAAAGUUUGAAAUAGGUGUGUUUCAUUAAAUUAUUUGGAGAUUUGAAGAAGUUUAAUAUGGAAAACGCAUGCAUCGUGACUGACCUUUUGGUAUGCUUUUAUGUAAAAUUUACUGCCAUUUAAUUCGAUCUGUGUGAUAUCUUCUAAGAAAGUUCGCCAUAUUUAAUUGAAUGAAUUUUGUUAUUUGUGUUUUAAAAUUCAGGCCAUAGUAAAGGUAACAUUUUCAACGGGUAAUAAUGUGUGUAAAAUGAUUUUGGCCCAUAAAUCUACACUGAGAGAUUUUGACUAGAUACGUUUUUGCCAAAAUCGUCGCAAGACUUGCAAGAGUGACCAUUUGUAAUGAUUAUUUGUGAGGUAUGGAUGUUUAAAUUAAUAUUACUUUGCAUGUACAUAAUUUUAGAUAAAGAAAUGUAACCAUGGUCAUAUCAUUGUACAUAUUUAUUUAUCGAUGUCUAAGAGUGGAAUGAAUAUUAUGAAACUCGAGGUUUGUUUUUGUACACAUUAUAAAAGUGCAAUGUUCUGUUAAACUGAAUGCGUAAUUGUUUUAGAAAUAAAUAAAUAAUUUAAGUCACGAAA